UCUUCUCUGUGAACCAUCGUACUGUCUGUCUCCACAGAAGGAAUUUUGAACUGUGAUACUUGGAUUAACUGAAGAGGAUCUGCGCAUAAGCUUGUCUUGUUGUCGAGUUACUUCUGUUGUGAACCAGCACGUGACUAGGCAGAUAUGACUGUAGGAGGUAGCUAUGAAUCAUCUUUUCCCAUGACUGGUUUCAACCUGAGCAGUUCCAGAUCUGGAUUUGGGAAACAGGUACAUGUAUCAUGUUUUGACCAAAAACACGACAGUAACAGAUCACAACCGCAAUCUACUGGUGGAGACUAUUCGUUCUAUAACAGAGAUCCUUAUAUGGGGAGAUCAGAAUGACAGUUCAGUAUUUGACUUUUUCUUGGAGAAGAAUAUGUUUGUUUUCUUUUUGAACAUCCUGCGUCAGAAGUCUGGUCGCUAUGUAUGUGUACAGCUGCUGCAGACCUUGAACAUCCUUUUUGAAAACAUCAGUCAUGAAACAUCACUGUACUACCUGCUUUCUAAUAACUAUGUGAAUUCUAUUAUUGUCCACAAAUUUGACUUUUCUGAUGAGGAGAUAAUUCAUACUGUACAUUUCUUUUAUAAUGAGCACACUAAUGACUUUGCUUUGUAUACAGAAGCUAUAAAAUUUUUUAACCACCCAGAAAGCAUGGUCAGAAUUGCUGUUAGGACUAUAACUUUAAAUGUCUACAAAGUGUCAUUGGACAACCAACCAAUGCUGCAUUACAUUAGAGAUAAAACUGCUGUCCCUUAUUUCUCCAACCUUGUUUGGUUUAUUGGAAGCCACGUGAUAGAACUGGAUAACUGUGUGCAGACUGAUGAAGAGCACAGAAAUAGGGGCAAACUGAGUGACCUGGUAGCAGAACAUCUUGAUCAUUUGCAUUACCUUAAUGAUAUCCUUAUCAUUAACUGUGAAUUUUUAAAUGAUGUGCUGACAGACCACCUACUUAAUAGGCUCUUUCUUCCCCUCUAUGUGUAUUCAUUAGUCAAUCAAGAUAAGGGUGGGGAGCGUCCAAAAAUAAGUCUCCAAGUUUCUCUCUAUCUUCUUUCUCAAGUUUUUCUAAUUAUACAUUAUGCACCUUUGGUGAACUCUCUGGCUGAGGUUAUUCUUAAUGGUGACCUGUCAGUGUUUUCUUCUAAAGUUGAGCAAGAUAUUCAGAAAAAUUCAGCAAAGUCAAGUAUCAGAUGUUUCAUAAAACCAACGGAAACUCUUGAGAGGUCUCUUGAAAUUAACAAACAGAAGGGGAAGAAGAGAUUGCAGAAAAGACCCAACUAUAAAAAUGUUGGUGAAGAAGAUGAAGAAGAGAGAGGAUCUGAGGAUUCCCAGGAUGACCUUGAUAAAACUAAAGGUACAGAAGGGAGUUCAAAGGGCAUCAGAACAAGCAGUGAAAAUGAAGAAAUAGAGAUGGUAAUCAUGGAGAGAUGUAAACUGUCAGAGUUGUCUGUCUCUACUGUGACAGAACAGAAUACAACAGAUGAAGAAAAGAGUGCAGCUGCCUCUGGGAAUGAGAUAACAAACUGGAAUAGGCCUUUUCUCGAUAUGGUCUAUAAUGCACUGGACUGUGCUGAAGAUGAUUACUAUGCUCUCUUUGUGCUCUGUCUUCUGUAUGCCAUGUCACACAAUAAAGGAAUUGACCCAAUCAAGCUGGACAGAAUUCAACUUCCAGCUCAACAUGCUGAAGAGAGAAAUUCAUAUAAUCAUGUACUUGCAGAGGGCCUUAUCAGGAUAAUGAAUUAUGCUGCACAACCAGAUGGAAAAAUCCGUUUGGCAACACUAGAACUCGGCUGUCUGUUGCUUAAGCAACUUGUAUUUUCUAAAAAUGGCAGCAUCAUAAAAGAUGUUCACCUUGCUUGCCUUGAGGGUGCAAGAGAAGAAAGUGUUCAUCUCCUGCGACGUUUUUACAAGGGAGAAGAAAUUUUUCUGGAUAUGUUUGAAGAUGAAUACCGGAGUAUGACAAUUAAACCCAUGAAUGUUGAGUACUUGAUGAUGGAUGCCUCCAUUCUGUUGCCUCCAACGGGGACGCCACUGACUGGUAUCGAUUUUGUGAAAAGAUUGCCCUGUGGAGAUGUGGAAAGGACACGAAGAGCAAUCAGAGUUUUCUUUAUGCUCCGUUCACUGUCACUGCAUCUGCGAGACGAGCCAGAAACUCAGUUACCACUAACAAGGGAGGAAGAUCUAAUAAAGACAGAUGAUGUUCUUGACUUGAAUAACAGUGAUCUAAUUGCUUGUACAGUGAUAACAAAGGAUGGGGGUCAAGUUCAAAGGUUCCUGGCUGUGGAUAUUUACCAGAUGAGUUUGGUUGAGCCAGAUGUUGCCAGGCUUGGCUGGGGAGUCGUUAAGUUUGCCGGCCUUUUGCAGGAUAUGCAGGUAACAGGAGUAGAAGAUGAUAGUAGGGCUCUGAACAUAAUAAUUCAUAAACCUGCUUCUAGUCCUCAUUCUAAGCCCUUCCCUAUCCUUCAAGCUACAUUUAUUUUUUCUGAUCACAUUCGUUGUAUUAUUGCAAAACAACGUCUUGCUAAAGGUCGUAUCCAAGCUCGGCGUAUGAAAAUGCAGAGAAUAGCAGCUCUCCUGGAUCUUCCUGUUCAGCCUUCAACUGAAGUGAUGGGUUUUGGACAUAGCUCUGCAGCUACAUCCCAACACCUUCCAUUUAGAUUUUAUGAUCAGUCACGCCGUGGUAGCAGUGAUCCUACAGUGCAGCGGUCUGUUUUUGCCUCUGUUGACAAAGUUCCAGGAUUUGCUGUAGCCCAGUGUAUAAAUCAGCAUAAUCCAUCACCACUCUCAUCACCAUCUCCUUCCAGUGGCAGUGGAAGUACAGGGCGCUGUGAUUCAGUGACUGCAAGCUCAAAUUCCACUCCUUCUGCUGCACAGAGCCCAUCAGAUGACUCUUCAGCUCCAGAGCAGCCUCAGAUGACCAUUUCUGGUCAGAUGAUGUUGACUGAUGAAACUCUUUCAGCUGUCUCAAAGUCUAGCAAGAAUGCUGUAAAAAACAGUGACAUAGAAACAGCAAACCUGUCCCCUAGCCUGAUUCCUGCACAGCAGCCCACAAUAUCAUUAAUCUCGGAUGACAAUACAGAUGCACUAAGCGUAGAGUCGCUUACAUUGGUCCCACCAGUUGAUUCACACAGCAUUCGUACAUUCAACUACAUUCCUCAUUCCUCUUUGCAAUCUGAAGUUGAAGUUUGCAAGGUGAAAGAGAGAGAGGAAGAAUGUCUGACUGAAGGCAACCUUUGGACUCUGAUAAGUGGUGAAGCAUAUGCAACCAAGUUCUUCGUCAUUUUUUGGGCAAGUGUAGAUACCUCUUGAACCAUUAGAGGCCAUCUGGUCCACAAGAAGAGGCCCACUGAUGAAAGAGAAUAUUGGCAGCUUUUUG